UUACUCAGAUUUAUUUAGCCUAGAGAACACAGUGAAGAACAAGAAGAGAGAGCGGAGAGCCACAAAAUGUCUUUGCAGGAGCCAACAGGGACGUUUGGAGUCCUGUUCCCGGCGUUUUCUCUGCCCAUGAAAGCGGAGCGCAGUCGGAAUAAGGAGCGGCUGGAGGCGAGCCUGGCCGGCCUGUGUGAGCUGGAGCUGCUGAAACAGAGGCAGGAGUGCCGGGUGCUGAGCGCUCUCUGCCUCGGGGACUCUCCGGCUCCCGGCCGUCCGGCUUGGGGAGCCCUGCGGCCGGUCCGCUGCGCCACGGACGCACCAAACGGCGGCGCGUCAGACGACUAUGGCGACUGUGGCCUCAGGCUUCAGACUAGCAGUCUCCAGUGUACUCCAUGGGGCAUAAUGGCAUCUUUAGAGCAGCAGGUGGCAGAGCUGAAGGUGAACACAGAGGCCAAAUCUGCAGAUUUGCCUGCUGAUCUGGAGGUCAGCCAGCAGAGUUCAGGAGAUACCCUUGUGGCCAAUCAAGAUGGAUCUUCUGAAUCUGGAUACCAGCCCAUGGCCUCUCGUUCCUUCCCAGCUGCUUGUUCCAAAGGGACUGUGGAAACAGAGACAGGGGAAACCUGGGUGUUUGACCCGAAGAGAGGAGCAGAGGCUGAGGACAUCUUGGGGGAGAUGAAAGAUGUUGACCCUACUGUGGAGGAUUAUCAACAAGCCCAAAGGGCAGAGACCUACAUGUUUGGGCUGAUCCAACGGCGAGCCCUACCCCCACGCCCCUCAAAGCCUCGCACUAGCCUUGCACAUGAUGCCCGAGCUAUCACUGUGGCAAGGCAGAGCAGCUUAUGCCGCAAGGAGGACCAGCAUUCACCAAAGCAGGUGUCUGUUCAAGGGAUCACUGAGCUCCCUAUUUCACCCCAGAGUUUGGAGGGACCCCCUCCCCAGGCUUGCCACAGCCUGGAUCAGGAGCGGUAUCUAGGGACAGUGUUUAUUGAAGACUCCCCACCUCCAUACCACCACCUGCAGCAAAGUACCCAGCAUCAGUCAGGCCUCUACCACAGGCCCAGGCAGCCUUGCCUUGUCAACAACCCCCGUUCCACAUCUGUAGAUUAUCCAUCCUGCAGAGUGCUGCAAGCCCACCCAGACUCCAGCAACAGCGAGCCUGAUUCACCCCAGCACUUCCACAGUUAUCCUUCUCCACCGCCUCUGUCAAUGUCUCACCAACUGCCUCCACCUGAUGAACAACUGGUUAAUGCUGAGUAUAUCCCUGCCCAUCCCUGUCGAGCCUCCACCAGAACUUCUUCCCAUCACCAAUCCAGCUCCAUGAGGGGCUCUGGGGGGCCCAAGCCGAGCCGAAGCACGUAUUCUCCAGAAAGUGGCCACCAACAUCAAGAGCAGCAGACCGCUGUUCCACAGAUACAGCACUCCAGGUCCAGAGGGGGUCCCAAAAAGUGUCGCUUGAAUGAAGAGAGAGGAGGUGCCUCCAGGAAGCCAGGGAAGAAGGCAUGCCGCUCUCAGUCAGAGAAUAGCCUCCAAAGAGUUCCAGAGCGCAAGUACAACACAGUGGAGAGGGAUGGUGGUGGAAGUGGAAGUGGUGGUGGGGGGAGUCGCAGUAGUCAAUCCAGGGCAAAGAAGCAACAGCAGGGAAGCGGUGGUUACCGGCGCUGGCGGUCCACCCAGGAGCUCAGCCAAGAUGAGGGUGACCAGCCACCCACGCAGGCACCUGUGCCACCACCCGCUGCUUCAAACCAAAGGGACCACUGCGCUAGACGCACCCGAAAAUCUCGCCCUACACACACAUCAUAUGCCUACCUCCACCACAACCACCACCACUCCCACCAUCACCAGCACAUUGAGUACCAGUUGGAGAGGGACCAAGUGCCACUCUGUCAGCCCAGUGAGGACUAUCCUCACCCGGGUCAAGGUGAGUCCGAGUCCAGCAUGAGUGAGGCUGACUCUCCAGAUACCAGCUCUUUAUCCAGUGACUCAGAUGAAAGUGGAGGUCUGGUUUGGCCCCAACAGCUACCUCCCCAACUUUCACUCCCAUCACCCCCUGCCCCACCUGGAGCCCCUCUUCAGCCCAAGGCCUUUGUCAAGAUUAAGGCUUCACAUGCUCUUAAGAAGAAGAUCCUGCGUUUCCGCACCGGCUCAUUGAAAGUAAUGACCACUGUAUAGUGGAACACUGGUAAAACUGGACAUCAUAUUGUGGUGGCAGGGGAGGUCGGGAAAGAAGCAUUAGCUGCAGCGCUAUGUAUAAGUGGUGGAUUACAAUGUACAGUCAAUAUAACAAUCAUUGUGUACAUAGGAUUACUACUAGUUGGGUAUACCUAAUUGAUAUGAUGGUGUUUAGAUCAGUAUUAAGUUAAUGAAGAAAUUUCAAUGAUCACCCCUAAAACAAUAUAGCCUUUUUGGCAAAUGCAAACCAUGGGAUUAUACAUUAUGCAAGUGUUAAGGUGUACUAAAAGUCCCAUAUGGAUGACUCAUGUUUUGACAAAUGGUGCUCUAAAAAUUCCCUACUGGUCCCAUGAAGCCUCAUGAUUUCCCUUCAAACUAGGUUCCCCAAAACCAAUUGCUAUACACUUUGGGAAGUGACUGUUGGACAUAGUAGACCAUAAUGCUGAAAUGGCCAUGGAUUCCCUAUGGUUAGACUUAAAUCCACUGCUGAUGCUAAAAUGGUGCAUGACUGAUAUUAUGGAAUUACUCAAUUAUAAUUAAGGGCAGUUUCACACCUGCCUAGUUUACUCCAGUUGAUUCAGUCUCUGGUGUGUUUUACCUCCUUGGCGUGGUUCAUUUGGUCAGGUGUGAAACCAGCGAUCGCACUCAGGUGCAGACCAAAACAACUGGACUGAGACCCUGUUAAGGAGGUGGUCUCUCUUGGCACGGUAACAAAGGAACACUAGAGUGGUUCGUUUGUAAUGUGAAAGUCAACCAACGUGGUACUCCAUGCCCAAGUUGGAAAUUGGACUUGCCAAAUUUGUUUGUACAGUAGUGUCUUUUGAUAUUUGUCUGACCCUGGCCAUAGAGUGGGCUGAUAUGUCCCUCAUGGUUUGUUUGAAUUUUUUUAGCAUGUGAAAUCAAACCAAACCAAAUGAACAAUACAUGAACAAAGUAACAGCUAGUCCACUGAUUCAAACCACAAAAAACAGACUAUAGGUGUGAAAACACCCUAAAUCAAAUAAUAGCUUAAAGCUGCAGUAAGCGAUUUCUGACCACUAGAGGGUGUUCAUUUGUAAACAUAGAGUCAGUCGGGCUUCCAUGUUCAUGGCAGCUUGGUUGUAAUAAAACUAUAAAGUUAAGGUGAAAAAAAUACAUUUCUUGGGUGGAAAUCAUUUGUACGCUUCACUGUCACAGGGCUUUUGUUGGAUUACUUGGAUUAUUUUGUUUCUGACCCCCAAUUUGAAAAUAUGGCGAUGCUGCAUACUUUUAGUGACAAGGUAAACAACUGCUUUCAAUGAACUUUUUCUGUCACUGCAGUAAUGAUUGCUGCAACAGAGGCAUUUGUGUGACUGAUCUGAAAUUUGGAUACGUUUAUCUGCAGAAUGUGACGUUUCAGAGACAUUUUAAAUGAAGUUGAAGCGGCGAGGGAGUAAAGUGGGCAGAGCUACAUUAAGGACCAGAAUGUGACAACAAAGAGAGUGAAGAGGUGGAAAAAAGCAAAAUGCCUGGGCUUAGUAACUUGGUAUUGGUGUAUAUAAUAAGAAGUACAAAAGUUUCAAUAAAGCACAGGUUAGUUUCAGGAUGUUAAUAGGUCCUGAAAUUGCUUAGUGCAGGUCUAACAGCUGGAUAACAAAUGCUCAUCAAAUCUCCACUGAAGGGGGCUGGACAAGGAGGGCUCGUGGCUGUCCUCUUGAAGGUGGAAAUCAAUUUUUCUUGGUGGACAUAAAUUUUCUUUGGAAACCUGAAAAUAUGACCACAGAAAGUAUAAUGAGUAGGUGUGAUGGACGGGAUUGCUCGCACAAGGUCCCUCUGGUUCUUCUGACACACUUCUUUAAGAAUUUGUGAUUAAGAUAAAUCUCACCAGAGAAUGAACUGACUUUUGCAGCAAAGGCCUGUGUAAAGCUUUGACAUUAUACUGUAGCGGCAAGAAAGCAGCAUGAUACUGCAGAAGCAAGAUUCAAGCUGUCUUGUAAAUUGGCUGGUGAGAUGAAAUGUCCCACAGGAGUAUUCUACAGGACCGAAUCGCUGAUUUAUCUUAACAACAGGCUACUUGUGGACUAAUACGAAUUUGCUUGCCCAAAGAAUGUAUUUAAUGUUAUAUUGUCACUUUGACUAAGUAAUUGACAGUAUUAUCAUUUAAAGUGCACUAGCCCACUUACUAUUAGCUAUUUUGUACUAGAUUUGUCUGACUA